AAGCAACCAGCCCCCCGAACAAUACGCUGUAGCCGAUACAGCUCGUCUCAGUUCGAUAUUACUGGUCGUGCAGUCGCUGGGCGGUCUCUCCAGACAGGUUCUCCAACAUCAUGGCUUCUAAUCCUCCCGGGCCUUGCUGCUUCACCGGCUUCAAGCAUGAAGGCACCCCUUCGGGCUCCCAGGAAUUGAUUGACGGAGUGAAGACGUAUAUUGCCCGUCCUCAAGGCGAUGCGAUAGAAAAGAAAGCAGUCAUUGUUAUCAGUGACGUUUUUGGGGUAUCUCACAACAGCAUGCUAUUGGCUGAUGACUUCGCCGCAAAUGGGUAUCUUGCCUUGCUCCCCGACUUGUUGGAGGGAGAGAACCUUCCCCUCGAUGUCUUUGAGACUGGGUCUGUGGACAUUCCGUCUUGGGCAGCACGCCACAGCCCGGCACAAGUCGAUCCGAUUCUUGACAAAAUUGUCAACUAUUUGCGCAGUAAUCAAAGCAUAGAGAGAAUUGCAGGCGCAGGGUACUGCUUUGGAGGCAAGUAUACUGCUCGCUUUCUCAAAGAAGGAAAGUUGGAUGUUGGCUAUGCAGCUCAUCCCUCAUAUAUAACAUUUGAAGAACUCGAAAGUAUAGAGAAACCAUUCUCUAUUGCGGCUGCAGAAAUUGAUCACAUCUUCACCCGAGACCUCAGGCAUAAGUCUGAGGAUACUCUCAUUGGCACUCAAAAGCCGUAUCAAAUUAACCUCUUCAGCGGCGUCGCCCACGGAUUCGCUGUGAGAGGAGACUUGACUAAGUCUCUGAACAGAUUUAGCAAAGAGCAAGCAUUUUUGCAAGCCAUCGGGUGGUUCAACGAGUACCUUUAACGUAAAAGUGCAAGGCACCUUCCGAAUUGCGUACACGACAAGACAAGACAAAAUGUGAAGGAUGAAAUUGCAAUCAAUAUACUAGCAAUAUUGAAACGAUGGAAAGUGCUGUAGUUUAGAAAAUCAGAAAGUGAAAUAGUAGAUGAAAAGCGACAGUAACCUGUAUUGAGGUAGAAUUCUUGCAACAGUAUCG